GCGACUCGUCAUUAGAUACAGAACAAGCUAACGAAUAGACCACUGAGUGAUCGUCGUUCCCCGGCUGCAAUACCACCUCGAAGCAAUACCAACAAAGCUUAAUUUUGUUGUUGGACUGAAAACGACAGUUGUAUACAGCAAAAGGCAGGAUCAUAUUGAGGAAAGGAGACAUGUCCCAGGACAAGCAUGGUUACCCUAUAAUGGGGGAGGACAAACAACUUCACAAUAAUGUCUAUGGCCCACCCCAACCUGAUGGCUUUGGGAUACCUCCACCCAACUACAUGCAGGCUCCAGGCGGGCCCCCUUACCCAGCACCAGGACCAUAUGGCCAGCCGGGUUAUGCCCAGGGAGCACCAGCUUUCCCUCCUGGACCAUACCCUCAGAUGCCCUUUCCACAAAUGCCAUACCCUCAAGGUCCAUACCCUCAGGGGCCAUACCCUCAGGGGCCAUACCCACAAGGCCCCUAUCAGCAGGGGCCUGGUCAGUCUGGCUUCGGUGGGGACCAUGCUGAUCCUAUGGACAGUCCAGGUUAUCAUGGUGGAGAUGGGCCCCCUUCUUACUAUGACAACGAUGGGUUUGCUAACUCUGGCUGGGAGGACAAAACUAUUCGGCAAGCCUUCAUCAGAAAGGUGUUCAUGGUCUUAACCGUACAGCUGACGGUGACGUUUUCCUUUGUUGCUCUCUUCACCUUUUCGAACGAUGUCAAACUGUUUGUGAGACAAAAUCGGUGGACGUAUUAUGUAUCCUACGCCGUCUUCUUUGUGGCCCUUAUUGUGCUCAGCUGCUGUGGAGAAUUUCGCCGCAAACACCCUUGGAACCUGGUAGCACUGUCCAUUCUGACUCUUAGCCUGUCCUACAUGGUGGGGAUGAUCGCCAGCUUCUAUGAUACAGACACGGUCAUCAUGGCUGUAGGCAUCACUGCAGUGGUGUGUUUCACUGUGGUGCUUUUCUCCUUGCAGAGCAAAUAUGACUUCACUUCCUGCCGGGGUGUGCUCUUCGUGUGCCUCAUUGUGCUCCUCCUCUUCUCAAUCCUCUGCAUCUUCAUCCGUCACAAGAUCCUGCACAUCGUCUAUGCCUCUCUGGGAGCUCUGCUCUUUACCUGUUUCUUGGCUGUUGACACUCAGCUUCUUCUAGGCAACAAGAAGCUGGCCUUAAGCCCAGAGGAGUACAUCUUUGCUGCGCUAAACCUCUACACUGACAUCGUCAACAUCUUCAUGUACCUCCUGGCUAUAGUGGGCCGCUCCCGGGAGUGAGGGCUCUCACUGGUAGCACAGGAAGGAGGUGCACUCAACUACUUCCGGAAUGAUACCGUUGCACUUUUCUUGUCAUAUUCCAUGUCACUCCACUACCCUUUACACCUCUUUUCUCAACAUUUCCCCUGUUUAGCCGAUGUACAGGGUGGUCAGACCAGUAGCUCUAUGCAUCCAGCAGGCCUGGCAUGGAAAGCAGCAAGGAGGUUAUAUAUUUUAACAAAGUAAAGACCCAUUUAAAGUCCUUUACAUUGUACACUAUGUCCUCUGCUUGCCCAGCCCCUCCUGUUGAAACAGCUUCAUUGUGUUUGAAAAUGGUACAGUGUAGUAUGAUUCACCAGUCACAUUCAAACUGCAUGAGCAGAAACCUUCUUGAUCUUACCUCUGUGAGCUUGGCACUCUAUUGUUUAACACAGCAGCAACAAAGAGAGGGCAUUGACUGAGAGGACAGUGAUAUGUGGUGUAGAGAAGCAAAGGAUCAGAUUGGGAGGUCUAAUCACUCCUUACCUCCUCUCUAUUCAUCCCACCAGUGCUUUUACUGGUACUCUGCAUGGUAAACUAAAACAGCAAGAAUGGCAGAAUUAACAGAUCAGAGAUACCUCUCCAAGUAAUCUUAUGUAGCUGUAAAUAGUCAUGAAGAUUAGCCACUUCCCUUAGUUUAAGGCAUAUCUAUAAGAAUAGCUGUGGUGUUACAUGGAGAAUACAUGUGACAUCACCACUUUGGAAGCAAAGAUCAAAUAGCUACUGUUGGGAAGAGGUUGAAUUGACUUAAAACAACACUAUCUAGAUGCCAACAUAAAGCCUGUGUAUAUAUUUAAAGGUAUAUAUGUUGGUGAGACAUUGGAGAGGGUUGUUUUUCCCUUGAAUGAAGGAAAGUAUGGUUGUGGAGUGUGCUUUUUGUAUAGUUCCCUAGGUCAGUAUUGAAAAUUCCAUGAAAAUCGAUUGAUAAAAUGUUCACCCUCAUUCUCUUUGUCUCCCUUGUUUUAUUUGUGAACUUUGUUGCAUAUUUAUGUAGUGUUUUUUCCUUCAUUUUGCCUAAUGUGAAAUGUUUGUACACUAGAUUUGUUUGAAUACUAGAUUAUUUUUUUCCUCUGACAGUAUUGUAAAAAAUAACUCUUAACUGCGUAUCAUUAAUAAGCAGAAAGAAUAUAGUUUUGCUUCUGUGCUACAUUAUUUAUUUACACUUUACUGUAGUAUGCAAUGUUAAAUGGGAGAAGGACUAAACCGCAUGGUUGAUUUUCAGUGUGCUGAGGUUUGCUGAACUACACCCGAGUACUUCAGUUCAUGCGAAAUAGAUCUCACUCCUGGGGCUCCACUCUGAUGAGCUUUUUUGCACUGGCCAAUGUGAUUUAUUAGGGGUUCAAUUUCCGAGUGGCUGAUUUAUGAUCCAUUCUUUCGCCUUCAUUAUCAUAGCAGAAUUAUCAUGUAAUCAUACAAAAGCACAUCCUGACAUUAACUAGUGCAACCACACAUCUCCACUGAUGAUGGCUUUGCAGUCUGUUUUAUCAUUGGAGCCUCACACUGUGUUCUAAUCCUACUUUCUUACAAAAAAGUAUUAUAAUAAUCUGUAAGGGGAGACUGGAAAACCUCAGCAAACUGAAAACGGGAACAAAUAUGAAAAGGACACAUGUAAAUCUUUUGUAAAUUAAACUUGUACACAGUUAUGUGCUUGGUAAGUGGCUGAUUUUUGGCUUGAGAGUGAUUUAACAAAAUGUCCUUAUCUCUAGCCAUUCAAUCCUAUUUAGUGUCAAUCUGCAGUUGCAUGCUCCUCCUUUAAUUUGCAUGUGGAAGCAUCACACUGGACUAGCUGUUAAAAAGAAAUAUGUCUGAAGAUCAUACUUAAUUUUACUAAUGUUGCGGAGCUCUAUUAAUUUGAUUAAAAUGUGUAAUUAACUCCUGUUUAACUAUGGUGGAUUAAGCUGUGUACAGUACAUGUUGGCUGUAUGGUCUUCUUUGCACUGUAAAUUUGCAUCAAAAUGAAGCUGGAUUGCAUUUCUCAACAACUGUUGCUUUUCACUAAAAGGGAUACAUUAAAAAAAGAAAAAUAAAAA